ACAGGAAGUGAACUCAACCGGCCAAGCAGAUCGUCCACUGUUUUGUUAAAUUAUAUAAUUUUAGGCCCACAGACUUAAUUCAAGAUGUUAAUUAAAGUUAAGACUCUCACUGGAAAGGAAAUUGAGAUUGACAUAGAGCCAACAGAUAAGGUGGAACGAAUUAAAGAAAGGGUGGAGGAAAAGGAAGGGAUCCCACCGCAGCAACAAAGACUCAUUUACAGUGGAAAACAGAUGAACGAUGAAAAGACAGCAGCAGACUAUAAGAUCCAAGGUGGCUCAGUGCUCCAUCUCGUGUUGGCAUUAAGAGGAGGAGUGUACAGGCCUUGCUUACCCACAUCCAUGUCCUGAAUAACUGUCUUCACUUGCCCAGCAAAAGUCAUUUUGCAACACAAAGAUCUGGAAAUUAUGCAAUCCUGGUCUAAAACCAUACAAUGUCACCCAUAAACAUGGACAUACGAAUUCUUUAUAAAUGUUUUUCUUAGUUUGAAAGUCACGCAGGAAGGCAACACACAGAACAAACCUGAGAAAACUGUGCUUUUGCUUGUGAAUAAAUGGUUGAGUUAGAAAAAGUGUUUUCUCAUUCAGUUAACACAUGUAUAAACCUAAAAAAUUAUGUUAAACAAAUGGGUACCAAAUCAAGACAGGAAUAGUUUAUUAGAAAACAACAAUUAGUGUACACUUGUAACACAUUGGCCCUGGGUUCAAAAUAAUGUACACCAAUAUCAUGUUGAUUGGAUAAAAUCAUUUUUGAGCUGUGUCAGUGACUUCUAUGAAUAAUAAAAAUGGAACAUUCUCA